CUUCUUCAAAGAUGGGCAACUUCCUACUCAUCUCAGUUCUCAUUUUUGUAUCAACAUCUUCACCCACGACACAAGGUUCAAACGCCAUUGUAGAUACGUACUUCAAUUUCGUGUCCUGCAAGACGAUCGACACCCCAGAUCACAAUGUGUGCCAAGUGACGCGAAAUUCGUCCCAUCUAGUGCAAAUCGCUCAGAAUUUCACAGACACAGGCAAAUCACCGGUGAAUUUGACAUUUUACCCCAUUGACGAUUCGUUCUGCGCUGGAUGGCCCCCAGUAGUUGUCCGACUUGAGGAAUUUCCCGAAUCAAUUAAGGUGAAGUCUCUAAGUCUGCAGUGCACGAAAUUACAAAAAGAAUUGGAUUACGCAAAACGCCAGAGUCUCGCGAAAAUUGUCCUAAUCAAUAAUAGUUUAACGGAAUUUCCUACAGAAUUUUUGAGAGAUAUUCAUAAUCUGCAACACAUAGAAGUGAAGGAUCAGCAAAUCAAGGUUUUAUCUCCCAGCUCGUUUGCCAACAUAACGGAUAAACUGAAGUAUCUCAGUUUAGAAAAUAAUCAGCUGGAAGUCAUUGAGCCAAAGACUUUCACACAAUUUAGCGGCCUGAUCAUCCUGGACUUGGAGAACAAUAACUUGACAAUUCUAGGCCCCGAUAUGUUUUCCGGUCGUUUGGAAAAGCUUUACUUGAACUUUAACGAUAUUCAUACGAUAAAACCUGAAACUUUCGCCAAUCUAACGGAUAAACUGAAUUAUCUCGGUUUAAAAGAUAAUCAGCUGAAAGUCAUCGAGCCAAAGACCUUUACGCAAUUGAGCGGCCUGAUCACCCUGGACAUGGAUGGAAAUGGCUUGGAGAUUCUACAUCCUGAUAUGUUUGCUGGUCUUGAUAAUUUGGAGACGCUUUACUUGGGCUAUAACCAAAUCCAUACGAUACAACCCGGAACUUUCGACAAUAUAGCGAAUACACUGAAGUCUCUCGAUUUUCAAUGGAAUCAUCUUCAAGUCAUCGAGCCAAAGACUUUCAUGCAAUUGAACAACCUGAUCGACCUGGACUUGAGGAAAAAUCGCUUGGAGACUCUAGGUCCUGGUAUGUUUGCUGGUCUUGAUCGUCUGGAAUAUCUUUACUUGGCGUACAACCAAAUCCAUACGAUAGCACCUGGAACUUUCGCCAAUAUGACGGAUAAACUGAAGUUUAUCACUUUAGCAUUUAAUAAGCUGAAAGUCAUCGAGCCAGAGACUUUCACGCAAUUCCGCGGCCCGAUCACUCUGGACUUGUCGUACAAUUCGUUGACGAUUCUAGGACCUGAUAUGUUUGCUGGUCAUUUGAAAAGACUCAACAUCGAGAAUAACAAAAUCCAUACGAUAGAACCUGGAACUUUCGCCAAUAUAACGGAUACACUGAUGGAUCUCAAUUUCAACGGGAAUCAGUUGACUACCAUUGAUUCACAGACUUUCACGCAAUUGCGAGGCCUGACCAGCCUGAAGUUGAGAUGGAUGAAUUCUUUGACGAUCAUAGGCCCUGAUAUGUUUCCUAGUCAAUUGGAAAAUCUUGAUUUGGACGGUAACGACAUCCAUACGAUAAAACCUGGAACUUUCGACAAUAUGACGGAUAAACUGAGGAAUGUCAAUUUAGGAAAUAAUACGCUAGAAGUCAUCGAGCCAAAGGCUUUCGCGCGAUUGAGCGGUCUCAUCGCCCUGAACUUGAGGAGAAAUCGCUUGAAGAAUCUGUGCCCUGAUAUGUUCGCUGGUCUUGAUCAUUUGGAGAGUCUUAAAUUGAACAGUAACCCAAUCUAUCAGAUAAAACCUGGAACUUUCGACAAUAUAGCGGAUAAACUGAAGUUUCUCAAUUUAAACGAUAUUGAGCUAAGAGUCAUCGAGCCAAAGACUUUCACGCAAUUGCGCAGCCUGACCACCCUAAAAUUGUGGGCAAAUAAGUUGACGAUUCUAGGGCCUGAUAUGUUUCCUAGUCAUUUGGAGAAUCUUAACUUGGGGCGAAACCAAAUCCAUACGAUAAAAUCUGGAACCUUCGCAAAUAUGACGGGUAAACUGAAGAAUCUCAGGUUAGACGAGAAUCAGCUGAAAGUCAUCUCUCCGAAGACUUUUGUGCAAUUGAGCGGCCUGAUCAGCCUGGAUUUAAACAAAAAUAAAUUGGAGACUCUACAUCCUGAUAUGUUUGCUGGUCUUGAUCAUUUGAAAACUCUUCACUUGGAGCAUAACCCAGUCCAUACGAUAAACCCUGAAGUUUUUGCGGGUCUUCCUCGUCUUCGAAAAUUCUUUGUUCAUGAGAAAUUGCUGGACGAUCCGAGUCUUUAUAAAGAACUUCAAAAACGCACGAUGACUUGUUAUACGUCGUGAAUAAUGUAACCAUAAUGUAAUUUAAAUAUGAAGAAUCUUCAUUCGUAUUGAAUGUUUUUCCGACGAAAAUUCCUGCACAGGAAUCCUAUUAAAUAUCAAUAUCGUGAUUAAAAUGUGUUGUUUCAAAAUCAAUUCUUUAGAAAAGACUGUUUUUAAAAAAAUAUAACUUACCGGGAAAUUUCCCAAAAUUUCGCUGGCAGAAAAACUACUUAUAAUGUCUCAUAUUUAAUUUCACAGUUGUUCAAAUAAGACGUAUAGAAAAGGCGGAAUUACCUUGUGAACGUUCAUUAAAAGUAGUAAUAUAAGAAUUUCAAAAUAUGUUCAUAGCAACUAAAUACAAGUUAACAGAAAAACCAAAGUUCAUAUGUCAAUAACAGAAUGAAUUUAUGUAAAUCAUGCAACGAUGGAUUAAUAAAGAUAAUUAAAGCUACAAAAACGCCUUCAAAAUGGAAGAAAAUCGUGAAAUUUCACUCUAUCAAUUUUGAAUUAUUAGCGAUUAAAAACAGCCAUUUCACCUCUACUUCAAUGCCAAUCAAUUUUUCAUCUUCAGGAUUAAUUUCGAAAAUAAAGGAAUAUUAUCAAUUUCGACUAAAGACGAAAUCGUUUAUUCACCUCCAACAAUAUAUUAUGACGUUAAACCAUAAUAAAACGUGAAAAUUCUGGAAUCAUAGACAUUUCUAACGAAAAUAAUAAAUUGGAUAAUCUUAGGAAUUAAUUAUGCCUUGGAGACACCCACUAGUGCAGGCCGUACUAUUCUCUCGUGCAGUUUGUAACCGACUUUGGAGACAACGACGACUGUUCCAGGGGCCUUGCCCUCGACCUCCUGUUGGAAGAGGGCUUCGUGCUGGUUCGGGUUGAAUUUUUCAUCGAGAGGGUUCAGAGAGACCAGCCCGUGCUUUUUAAACACCUGGAAUUGAUAAUAAAAAUGUCUUUCAAUAUUCUCCUCAAAACUCUCUAAUAGAUUCAAAAAACCA